AGGGUAUUUGAGAAAAUGCCGGUCCUUAGGAUGCUGCAGCGAGUUAUGGGCCAGAUGCUGCAGAGCCCUGCCGGUGGCUACAGAGCAGCUUUCCUGCCUGGCCGGGUCCUGGGCACCUCCUCUUGGCACAUUCCAGCAGAUGCCAACUUCCACUCUGGGUCUCUAUCUGGAACAGACCGGCCACCACGGGUCUUAAUUACAGGGGGUCUUGGCCAGCUUGGAGUGGGGCUUGCUACCUUAUUAAGGGAACACUUUGGGACGGACAAUGUGAUUUUGACUGACAUAAGAAAACCCUCCGACCAGGUGUUCCAUAGUGGCCCAUUUAUUUAUUCCGACGUUCUGGAUUACAAGAAUCUCCGAGAGAUAGUGGUAAAUCACCGCAUCACCUGGUUGAUUCACUAUGGCGCUUUGCUCAGUGCGGUCGGAGAAACAAACGUAUCCUUGGCAAAAGCAGUAAAUAUCACUGGAUUACAUAAUGUUCUGGACAUCGCCUUGGAACACAAUUUGCGAUUGUUUGUGCCCAGCACGAUCGGAGCUUUCGGACCUACUUCUCCCCGGGACCCAACCCCUGAUCUCUGCAUUCAGAGACCCAGGACGAUCUACGGGGUCUCCAAGGUCCACGCCGAGCUCAUGGGGGAGUAUUAUUAUUACCGGUAUGGGUUAGAUUUCCGAUGCCUGAGAUAUCCUGGCAUCAUUUCGGCUGACUCUGAACCUGGAGGAGGGACAACUGACUAUGCAGUCCAGAUUUUCCACGAUGCCAUAAAGGAUGGCAAGUAUGAGUGCUACCUGAAACCCAGCACAAGGCUCCCAAUGAUGUACAUUGAUGACUGCCUCAGGGCCACCCUGGAAGUCAUGGAGGCCCCGGCAGAGUCCCUCUCUCUUCGGACCUACAACAUCAAUGCCAUGAGCUUCUGCCCCGAAGAGCUGGCCCAGGAGGUUCUUAAGCACAUGCCGGAAUUCCAGAUCACGUACAAAGUGGAUUCUGUUCGACAGGCCAUAGCGGAGAGUUGGCCGAUGAAAUUCGAUGACAGCAAUGCUCGUAAGGACUGGGGAUGGAAACAUGAUUUUGACCUUCCAGAGCUGGUGACCACAAUGUUGAGCUUCCUUGAUCCCGAAAGUAGAGUUGCCCAAGCAAACUGAAUGACUCAGAAAGAAGAGCUUGUGUAUCAUGGACAGCUCUCCAGGGAAAAAUGUAAUGACCCCAAAGUCAUAGAUACCAAACACCAAGAGUAUCCAGAGUCGAGGCCUAAUUAAACUAAAUUUUAGCAGUUCUUAUUGAAUUGCUGGAUGGAGAAUCGAGUUGGCUUUAGCAUUUUCAAAAUGCUGUUCUGGUGGUAGAACUUCUAACUCUUUGCUGUGUGCCUAACUUGUCCAAACACUCAUAUUCCAGAAUGAAGACUUAGGUCACAAUAAUUUCCAUGUCCUUAAAUAAGAUGAAAUGACUAUUUCUGGGAAGGUGGAGGUUAUAUGACACUUUGUGUUGGAUUAAAUUCAAUUUAAAUAUCACUUCUAAGUCUCUAUUCUCUUGACUAGAGACAAAAGAUUGUAUUUUAAAGACUAUAUAUAUCAAAGAUGAUCCCCUAUUUAAAAGUACUCUUUACAUCUUAUCAGAAUAUAAAACAUGUUUGAUAUGUUUAUUAAUCCCAUGUUCGUAGUGUUCAAAAGAUUUUAACGCUUCUUCAAAAAUUAUCACUUCUCAUAUAUUCUUCUGUAAGAAGGUGUAUCUGUAGGAAAUUAAGGUUAGCAAAGACGAUAUAAGUAGGGAAGGGUAGUGCCUCUCUUAUUUUGAUUGCCUUCCUGUUGGUGAGCUAAGUGGUGAUCAGCAGGAGUAUAAUUCCCUUACCUGGCAAUGUCUGCCUCCCAGAGGAGCUUAUCUAAAUAUUCAGGUUUCUGGGCUCACCUCUUCAAGUUGACUCAAAUGGGAAUGGCCAUCUAAGUGCCGUCAGUUGUCUUAUUGCAGCUCAAGUCCACUAGUUUAUACCAAUUCCAAACACUAUUUUCUGAGAACUUUUUUGUUACAGUCUUUGUUUUAUGCACUCUUAGAUUGAGACUUCAGAAGAGCUACUCUGAAACCAUUCUAGAUAAUAAAACCCUAAUGUGCA